AAGAUAAAAACAAUUUAAUUUGUUGACAAACAAGUUAAAAACCAGUUCUUAUAAUUAACUUUUACCUUGCUUGAUGAAAGUUAAUUCAUUUACUAAUCAUCAACUGUUAAUUACACAACCAAUUCAAUUUUAAAGUGAUGAAAUUUUUACCAAAAAUGAAUUCAUUGUUUAUCAUUUCAAUUGUUAUCUCUUCUUUAUCAUGUUUAAUUGUCUCUGGAUACAAAAUAAAAGCAGUUUGUAACCUUAGAGGUCAAAAUGUACAAGGAACUGUAAAUUUGGAGCAAGAGGUUGGAUAUCAUACUAAGAUCCAAGGUGAAAUUUCCGGACUGUCACCAGGAUCUCAUGGUUUCCAUAUUCAUGAAUUUGGUGAUAUAUCAACUUUGAAUUGCUCAUCAGCGGGGCCACAUUAUAAUCCAAGAAAUAAUGACCAUGGCUCUCCAAGUGAUAACAAUCGACAUGUCGGUGAUUUAGGAAACAUUGAAGCCGAUCAAUCGGGAAAAGCAACAUUUGAUUUCGAUGAUUCAGUGAUUAUGCUCAGUGAUUCAAAUUCAGUUAUUGGAAGAUCAAUUGUCGUUCAUGCUGAUCCUGAUGAUCUUGGUAGGGGAGGUCAUGAAUCGAGUAAAACCACAGGAAAUGCUGGUGGACGAUUAGCUUGUUGUGUGAUUGAAAUUGCUAAAUAAGUUCAUCAAUUAAUCGAGUAAUUAACUGUUUCGAUUAUCACAAUUACCUUUUUAAUUUUAAUUUUAACUACAUUUGUAUAACAAUUACGAAAAUUGCAUUUCAAUUACGAUUCAACCCAAUAAUUAAUAAGGAAAUAACAACAAUUACCAAUGUUUUCUUCAUGCAUUAACUAUAAUCAUUAACGAUUAACUAUUAAUAAAAUAAAAUAAAUUGUUA